CACAAUCUCUCUCUCUCUCUCCACAUACAAAGUAGAGAGCCACAACCCACAAGAACUCUUCAACCUAGGACCCUUUCUUCUUCCUCUUCUUAUGGAUUUUAAGCCCUCUGAUCUGCCCUCCAUGGACCAAAAGCUACAUUUUUUCUCCAAUCCAAUCAAGAAGUCAGUCUCUCAAUUAAUGCUAUUUUUCUCUUUGAUCAUUUCUUCUAUUGUUUGUUAUAACAUCAUAAGACCUUUGCAGCCGAGGUCUCUUAUCGAUAUUGGUUACUUGUCCCAAAUCCUAAGCAAAACUUCAAAAACUUGUGACUACUCUUAUGGAAAGUGGGUUUGGGAUGAAACUCAAUCUCUUCGAAGAUACACGGAGAAAUGUCCCUUAUUGGAUCCCGGAUUCCGGUGUCGACAAAAUGGUCGAAAGGAUUUAGAUUAUCAGAAAUGGCGAUGGCAACCCGAAGGUUGUCAUCUUCCGAGAUUUGACGCAAAAGACUUUCUCAGGCGCAGCCAGAAUGGUCGGAUAGUUUUCGCCGGCGAUUCCAUUGGAAGAAAUCAAUGGGAAUCCCUAAUAUGCAUGCUCACACAAGGAGUUUCAAAUCAAUCUACAGUAUAUGAGGAAAAUGGUAACCCAAUAACAAAACAUAAGGGCUUCCUGUCAAUUCGAUUCCAGGAAUACAAUCUCACUGUCGAAUACUACAGAAUGCCUUAUUUGGUCGUCAUUGAUCGCCCGCCAGAAAAUUCGUCCAAGGAAGUUACCGGUGUGGUUAGGGUCGAUAAACUGCAUUGGUUCUCCACUAAAUGGGUCGGAGCAAAUGUUUUUGUAUUCAGCGCUGGUCAUUGGUGGAAUCAAGACAAAACCGUCAAGAGGGGUCAUUUUUUCCAGGAAGGAAAAAGCAUGAACAUGACUAUGGAUGUAAUGGAAGCCUUUCGAAGAUCUCUAAACACGUUGAAGUCGUGGUUGAUGCAAAAUUUAGAGCCCAAAAAGAGCCUUAUCUUCUUCCGCAGCUAUUCGCCAGUACAUUACAGGGAUGGAGAAUGGAAUGAAGGUGGCCAUUGUAAUUUGAAUGUAGAACCAGAAACAGACUACAAAAGGCUGAAUCCAGAACCAAGAAACAAUGUACUUAUGCACGAGGUAGUCAAACAAAUGGAAAGUGCGAAGAGAAAUGUUCAUUUCUUGAACAUAACGUAUUUAACUGAAUUUAGGAAAGAUGGGCACCCAUCAAGCCACCGCGAACCAGGUACUUCAAAUACUGCACCACAAGACUGCAGCCAUUGGUGUCUACCUGGAGUGCCCGACACUUGGAAUGAACUUCUAUACGCCAAGUUGUUGGCAACGGGAUUUAAAACCUGACCGAUAUGAAAAUGGUGGUAAUUUCUCUGCAUUCCGUAGGAUUUAACCUGGCCAUAUGCGUCGAAGUUGGAACAUUUUUGGUACAGAAAGUUCGUUGGAUCAAUUACAUGACGGAUCUUUAUGUACUGGUCGGCUUUCGAUCAUCGGUAAAAGCCUCAGUUAUGAUCACCUGCUGGUACAUAUUAUUGAUAGUGGAAGAUGUAAAUUUCAACUCGUAGAAUUUGUUUCUUCGCAAAUGACAAGAUGAACAAAGCCACGAGUGGAAGAGGUUGUAUAGAGAUUAUUGUUUGACACAUUCACUUUUCAAGG